GACAGUGUGUUAUCUUGCCUUUAGGAGCAACUUUUGAAAGAGUUCCCCUUCAGUGAAGUACAUCUCUGACAACCAUGAAAGCUCAGACUGUUUUGUUUGUGGCUGUUGUUAUAACAGCAACUCUUCUAACAGCAGACUGUCACCGAGGGGGCCAGCAUGAUAGAAGGCCACCAGGACCUGGAGCUCCACCAUCCCAGCCUCCAGUCCCACCAUCACAGCCUCCUGCUCCACCAUCCCAGCCACCAUUCCAUGGAAGCCCAGAGAGUCAUCCAGCUUGGCAGAACAGCAGUGAAGACGUCAAGAGCAAUGAAAGUGGACCAAGACAUCAAAGGCCCUAAAGGAAGCCACUCAUCUUCUCAGCCAGCAUGUUAUUUAUGUAGAGAAAUACAUUUUGAAAAAGUCCUUCUAGAGAAUGCUGUCAAAUUACAUUGACAUUUUGAAAUGCUUAUUGUUCCAUUUAAAACAUUAAAAAAAAUAAACUAUUA